CUUGGCUCUCUGUAAUAGCCGCAGAGUAGAAGAAGUGACGAAUCAGAGGGAUAAGCACUUGGAGCGAUACCGACAGUGAGAGGUUUGGUGCGUUUUUCACGUCUUUUGCGAAAAGAAGUUGGAAGAUGCUAAAAAAACCAAAAAUGUCUACUUCAAAGAUGUCGACGGCGUUUUCAUCGUCUUUUUUCUCUGUGCUUUUCGUCUUUCUUUCUGCGCAGUUGGAGUUGUUCUCCACAACCUACCACACCGGCGCAACCGCCUCGCCUCUGUUGCGGCCGCGGGAGCAGGAAGACCGAGAUCAUAAUCGCCACGAGUACUACUCUUUGCCACCCCAUUUAGUUGUUCCGGGUGAGCAGUCUCCGUUGUCCUCCGCUCCGCCGGGCAGUAAGGCAGAAACGCUGGCUCGGGCGGCAGCCGCUGCCGCUCGCAGUUCUCCCGGGUCGAAGUCGCGGGCGUUUGAAAACCCGCAUUCGAUCAUAUCAGCACGUAGAAGUUCCUCGCACUGGCAAGAACAUGACUUUCGGGACCGUACCGCGCGGUCGAGCUCCCCGACGGCCCCUUUAGUGCGGCACCAAGCGCUAGGCGGUAGUACAGACAUCAACCGUGAGAGGUACUCCGGAUCACCGCUGCGCCGUCUGAUCCACCCGCAAAUGUACCACUUUCUGCCCGGUGCAGGAGGAGGAGGUGCAGCGGCCGCCGCGGCACGAGUUGCAGCUUCCCAACAGCAUCACCAUCGCAGACCUUCUGCUUCGCCAUCGCCGCAUUUAGUGGUCAACAGAGCCCCGCUGUUCUUUCCGGGGGGCGCUGUCGUUGGCCCCUCGGCCACCGCUGCUGCUGCUUUUCCCAUCGGUGGGAGAAGAAGCGCGCCACCGCCCGUGAUCCGCGAGGGCCGGGCGGUGUUGCACUCGCAAAGGCUGUACCGUACAGGAGAUCAUGAUUCUGGUACUGGUCGAGGUGGAAGACCAGAGAGGAAAGAAGAACAGCAGCAACAGCAUCUUCUUCUCCCCAAUGUCCGCUGCGUCCCGAGAACGGAUAACUUCCACUGUUCGCCUAUGGAAGCGUCAGGAUUGAAAUCGUCAAAGUUGAAAUAAUUUGUGAUGCAUAAAAUGCAGCCCACAGAGUGCCUGUCUUGCAGAGUAGGCAAGAAAGGCAGGAGAUUGCAAGCCUGUUGAGGGGUAGAAGUAGAGCUGCUAAAGUAGCAUGACAAAAGGCGUCUUCCUUACCCAAACAGCAUUGCAAACUCGAUUUAGGCACCACCAAAACUUGUCAUGCGCCACUUGAAAACUGGGCUCCAACUGGCAUCCAUUUUAUGCAUGACAAACUAUUUCAACUCUGACGAUUUCAAACCUGACACAUCCAUAUCGCCCGACGGAAGAAAGGAACACCAGCACAAAGAACACAAGGAGCACAACAUGCACAGGAAGUACAAGCCGACCUAUUCUCCGACGAAGCGCCCGCCCCUGCCGAGAAACGCAGACAGCACGAAAAUGUUUUCCUGCAGGGAGAAGACAGUUUCUUGUUUAAGAGACAAGGUGUUCCAACGCCUGGCGGUCGUGCUUGGGUGCAGCAUUCUGCUGCCCUUCGGACUGAUCAAAGUGUUGAAGGAAAACGUGGAGGUAGAAAGACCACAGCAGUUUCUCAUUCCGACGGAUUGCAGCGGGUCGUUUUUCAACAUCGCGGCGCCCUACGGAAUCAAAAGCGGGCUGCCGGAAAGUGUCGAGCAGUAUUUGGAGCAGUCCGGAGAUUUCAUGGCGGUGCAGGUGGCGCCGGUGCGGCUCUUCGAUCGGACUGGACGUCGUGGUGGUUCUACGACAUCAAGUGCUGCGGGUCAUCGUUCGGACGAUGAGCAAGGAAAAAUUCCAGUUUUGCAGGUUGACGACUCGGAGGUCAAACUUGUGGCACCGUGGAACAGCAAACAGGGGAGCAUCAAUGGAGAAAAGAACCCGAUAGGUAUUUCUCCGUUCGACGUGGAAUCCAACUGGAAAUUUCUAUUCGGCCGGAUCGGAUCGUGCGGGGAGGGGGACUCAACAUUGUCCUCGGUGGGAGGUCAAGAGUCUUCAUCGACUCCUCAAAGUACGCAAGCACCAGCGCCGUCUGAGCACCAUUUUCUCGAACUUCUGCACCACGACAAGAAAAAUCACGGCUCUUUCCGCCAGGUCUUCACCUGCGCGCGCGUGCAGAUCCGCGAGCCGCGGAAUUUUCACGAGGACGCGCCAAGCAACGACGCGGGGCGGUACGGCAGUGGGGAGGAUGAAAAUUUUGAGGACAAUGCCUACCGGGUUCUCAUUCCCGUCCCGAUUGAAGACAUUUGGGUGCCGGAUGUGGUAGAAGUACCUCCUCCGGGUGAAGAAGAAGAAGGAGGUCAAACUCAGCUUCAACAAACAGCUCCAGAACACCAGCAAGAAGAACCCUCCACAGUUCUCUCCUACGAAAAAGUGUGUCGCGACUUCGUACCGUUCCAUGGUCAGAUACUGGAAAAGUUGAACGAAAAAUUGUGGAACGAGCAUGAGGCCGCGGCAAAGCAGAAAAAGCUCGAGAAGGACGCGGAGGCGGAUGGGGAAGUGAAAGCGCCUGGCUCUGCGGCCGCUGAAAGUCGUGAAAUGAAAGAAGCUGGAGCAGCAACUGCAACUACUGCAUCAAGUAGCAGUACUAGGAGCAAGACCGGCAGGAAAACCAGCGCUACCACACCCCCAUCUGGCGAAGAUGUUGCAAGAACUCCCGGCCUCCACGGGCUGCUGCAUGAUCCUGCCGAGGCGGUGUUUAUGGACGACGUAAAUGUUGUGGGGCUGGAUGAAGUAGUAGAGGUUCAGAAGACCACAACAGCAACCACACCGGAACAACAAUCCUCCGCAGAAGAUCAUGAUCUUUCCUCUUUUCUCCGAAACGUCACCGACCUCGCCCCGAUUUACGUGCUCCCGCGGAUGUGGGGUAUAAAAUUCAAAUAUGUCUGGGUCUGGAAAGUUGGAACUUGUAAUGCUGUCCUUACAUGCCUGCAAAAUCUGUAUUGCAUGAUUAGCAAAAGGCGUAGCCUCUCUUGUCAUACAAAACCGCAGUUUCUCAUGCAGAGUGCCUAUGAGAAAGCGUUCUGCAAACUUGUCAUGCUUUCCUGCAUAAGGAAGUGUUUCAAUCAUGCACAUUUUAGCAUCACAAAUUUCCAGACCCAGACAUAUUUGCAAUGCAUAUGGGGGCUGCGCACCCAAUUUUGCGAGUCGGAUUUCCCCGCAGCGGGUGCGUAUCCUGUGCAAAAGUAUCGUACUCGCAUUGCAGUCAUGCAUUACAGAUCUUUCACUUAAGGUAAAUUCGCAUUACAAAUGUUAUGUCUCAUGCUGAGGAAAUUUUUAAUGCAUUUAUACGAGUGCGAUACUUUUGCAAUUCAUAGCGCGGCGGAUAUCACCAUUGAUAAAGCCGUAACGGACAAGCUAGGGACGUGGGGGUGGGGGGAAAAGAGGAGAAGCUGGAAAAGCAACGCAGCGACCACGACAUCAGCUCCGUUGCAAAAACCUUUUUUGCAACGGUCGGGACGACUUUCUGCCGCUGAAGGUGGUACAACAGUGAACGUGAGCAAAUUAUCUUCGGGUAAUGCUCAUGCAAAAUCAGCGUCGGGCUCCUCGUCCUCAAGAACAAAAUCGGUGGAACUCAAUUUCUACAAGUUCACCCCGAACCAACCGCAAGUGCCCGGUCAGCCGAACCCCAAUCCCUUCAACCUCCGAACGAGUUAUUUUUUCUGUUACAACGACUACGGGACGCCACAUUGGCGAGCUCACGUGCCCCACUCCGACUACGGAAGUUUCGCGCCCUCCUGGUUCUCCGACCCGGGCAAAGGCGCGUGGCCGCCGUUGUCCAGGCAAUUUUUACACUCGAAGAAUUCCGAGAGUGGGCAGUUGGACUGGAAAUCGGUAGACGAUUUUGGGGAGGAGGAGGGGCCGGAGUUUAGGGUGGUACAGCAGAGUGGAGGUCGAUCCGGGUAAAGGAAACAGAAGGUAGAUUUUUGCGUUGUGUGGAGGUUUUUAGGGAUUUAUAUAUAGGCUUUCGUUGUGUGUUUGCCAAAAUGAAAAUCAAUCAGUCGUUUGCGAAAAACAGAACAACUUCAUUUUCGAGAAUACAAGCGAACAACAACAAGGGCGCGGUUUUGUAAUAGAAAUAAUAAAGCAAGAACGUAUUGCGAAAUGUAAAGAACAAC